CCAGAAUGCAAAAAAUCCUUCAAAAGAAAUGGACAGCUUAAAGUGCAUCUAAGGAUCCACUCAGGACAGAAACCUCAUAAAUGCCUGGAGUGUGGAAAGAGGUUCAAUGAGAGGGGAAGCCUUUAUAGACAUCAAAAGAUCCACACAGGAGAGAAACCUUAUAAAUGCCUGGAAUGUGGAAAGAACUUCAGAUAUAACAGCAACCUUUACACGCACCAAAUAAUCCACACAGGAGAGAAACCACAUAAAUGCCUGGAAUGUGGAAAGAGCUUCAGAUAUAGCAGCAACCUUUACACGCACCAAAGAAUCCACACAGGAGAGAAACCUUAUAAAUGCCUGGAAUGUGGAAAGAGCUUCAGAUAUAGCAGCAACCUUUACACACACCAAAGAAUCCACACAGGAGAGAAACGUUACAAAUGUCUGGAGUGUGGAAAGAGCUUCAAUACGAGUGGAAACCUACAUAGACAUCAAAAGGUCCAUUUGAAUAAAUGCCUGGAGGGCGGAGAGUCCUUCAGAAGACCCAGGAGACCCCGAAGGAUCCAGGAGGGAGAAAAGAGAUUUCAGUGCCCGGAAUGCGAAAAAUCCUUCAAAAGAAACGGACAUCUUAAAAGCCAUCUAAGCAUCCACACAGCAGAGAAGAAACACGAAUGCCCGGAAUGCGAAAAACGCUUCAAAACAAAUUCAAAUCUUCAAAGGCACCUAAGGAUGCACUCAGGACAGAAACCUCACAAAUGCCUGGAGUGUGGAAAGAGGUUCGGUGAGAGGGGAAGCCUUUAUAGACAUCAAAAGAUCCACACAGGAGAGAAACCAUAUAAAUGCCUGGAGUGUGGAAAAAGCUUCAAUCAUAGGAGCAGCUUUGAUACACACUAUGAUGCCAGUCUCUUUUGUCCAUGA